GAAUUACGGAUGUGCAUUUCUAGCUGAGAGGAGGGUUUUCCGGUCAAAGUUUCCUUUGUGAGUCGAAGUGGUGCACCACUAAAGCCAAAGCCGUUUAACCUCGUUAACAACAUUAAUAACUAAAAUGAUAAGUAGCUAAAGAGAACACGUAUUAAUUUAAAUAAUAAAGUCACGACACAGAGAAAGAUACCUUGCAAUUUGGUUGAAAGCUACAGGCUCCACCGCGUGACUAGACUGACAGGUAGCUGCUAGCAUCAGAUGCUAAGCUAACUAUUUAUUGUAGCUAACUGUCUGGAGCGGGGGAGGUGGACUUGUCUAGCUAUCUUUACUGUCGAUAUAUUCGCAUAAAACCAUUUUCUGUUUGCUGCUGUGGAAGUAUUGGAUUUCGUUAUUCAAUAGUUCUGCGUUGGACCAUUCAGCACUCAUCCCAACUGUGUGCUGAAAUGGAAAAACCCUCCCAUUUGUUUUCAAGUAUUUAGAGGAACAGGUCUCUCUGUCACCCUGGCAACGCUGGAGCCACAGGAUGGGACGGAGCCAAAUACCGGCAUCAUGGUUGUUGCUGUAGCACCCGGCUCCGCACCUAGCCCGCGGAGCGAAGCAGUGACUAAUGAGCUACAGGAGAUGACUCUGCAGCCCGCCUCCAACAACAUGCCUGUGCGGGACAGGAAGAAUGUCCUCCAGCUCAAACUACAGCAGAGACGCACCCGGGAGGAGCUGGUCAGCCAAGGGAUCAUGCCACCACUGAAGAGUCCGGCGGCCUUCCACGAGCAGCGGAGGAAUCUGGAGAGAGCCAGGACUGAGGACUAUCUGAAGAGGAAGAUCAGGAGUCGUCCUGAGCGCUCAGAGCUGGUCAGGAUGCACAUACUGGAGGAGACGUCAGCGGAGCCGUCUCUGCAGGCCAAGCAGCUGCAGCUGAAGAGGGCCAGGCUGGCUGAUGACCUUAAUGAUAAGAUCUCCCACAGACCUGGUCCUAUAGAGCUCAUCCACAAGAACAUCCUGCCUGUAGACCUGGACUGUCCUCUGCAGCACUCACUACUGGGUAUGAACACACACUGUACACUGCAAUACACACACACAGAAUGUCCACUGAAACACUCACUUCUGUUCUUGGUAUGUACCCAUUCUUAUUGUCCAGUGUAACAUACAUUACAGAUCAAGUAUACAACACUACUUGUCAUUGCAACACUUUACUGGGUACAUACACAAUAUAAGUUCCAGUAUGUACACAACAACACCUUAGUCAACUGGGUAGGAGCGUCCUUCCUGUGCACAGUCCACUGCAACAUGUUUACUGGCCAGGUGAAGUAGUCCCUCACUCAGACAAAUUUACCCAACCACUCCCAAACUCCCUUCAAUUAGUCACUGUUCAUGGUUCACGUUCAAAUGUUCCUCAAAUGUUAUCAUUGCAAUACAUCAAUUUCACAAUACUGGACUGGUGUGGGGACAUUGUUAUUGCUAAAUCCUUGUGCUGGAGAGACUGUGACCACUUCCAUCAUUAGUAAUUCUGGUUUGGCCAUCGCCUCUUUUUGUAUUGCCAAUUACUAUUCCCUCUGUAUGAAAUACAGUUGAUGUUUGUUGUAGUGAGACUCAACCUCACAACUAAUCAACCUGUUGUUGUAGUGAGACUCAACCUCACAACUAAUCAACCUGUUGUUGUAGUGAGACUCAACCUCACAACUAAUCAACCUGUUGUUGUAGUGAGACUCAACCUCACAACUAAUCAACCUGUUGUUGUAGUGAGACUCAACCUCACAACUAAUCAACCUGUUGUUGUAGUGAGACUCAACCUCACAACUAAUCAACCUGUUGUUGUAGUGAGACUCAACCUCACAACUAAUCAACCUGUUGUUGUAGUGAGACUCAACCUCACAACUAAUCAACCUGUUGUUGUAGUGAGACUCAACCUCACAACUAAUCAACCUGUUGUUGUAGUGAGACUCAACCUCACAACUAAUCAACCUGUUGUUGUAGUGAGACUCAACCUCACAACUAAUCAACCUGUUGUUGUAGUGAGACUCAACCUCACAACUAAUCAACCUGUUGUUGUAGUGAGACUCAACCUCACAACUAAUCAACCUGUUGUUGUAGUGAGACUCAACCUCACAACUAAUCAACCUGUU